GCUCGGGGCCGGGACCCAGUUGCCCGUAUGACCGCGCGGGGCGCCGCGGGGCGCUGCCCUCCCACGACAUGGCUGGGCCCCCAGCUGCUGCUGGUCUGUCUCCUGGUGAGCAGGAGUAUUGCCAAGGAAGUGUCGGAGCACUGUAGUCACAUGAUUGGGAAUGGACACCUGCAGUUCCUGCAGCAGCUGAUCGAUAGUCAAAUGGAGACCAAAUGCCAGAUUGCCUAUGACUUUGUAGACCAGGAACAGUUGGAUGAUCCUGUAUGCUACCUUAAGAAGGCUUUUCACCUGGUGCAAGACAUAAUGGAGGACACGAUGCGCUUCAAAGAUAACACCCCCAAUGCCUAUGCCAUUGUGCGGCUCCAGGAACUCUCUCUGAGGCUGAAGCGCUGCUUCACCAAGGAUUAUGAAGAGCACAACAAGGCCUGUGUCCGAACUUUCCACGAGACCCCCCUGGAGUUGCUGGAGAAGAUCAAGAACGUCUUUAAUGAAACAAAGAAUCUCCUUGAAAAGGACUGGAACAUUUUUAGCCAAAACUGUAACAACAGCUAUGCUAAGUGCUCCAGCCAAGAUGUGGUGACCAAGCCUGAUUGCAACUGCCUGUACCCUAAAGCCACCCCUAGCAGUGACCUGGCCUCUGCCUCCCCUCACCAGCCCCACGCCCCCUCCAUGGUUCCUUUGGCUGACUUGGCCUGGGAUGAUUCUCAGGGGACAGAGGGCAGCUCCCUCUUGCCCAGUGAGCAGCCCCUUCGCACAGAGGACCCAAGUAGUGCCAAGCAGCGAUCACCCAGGAGCACCUGCCAGAGCCUCGAGUCUCCAGAGACCCCAAGCCUCCAUGACAGCCUCACCGAAGAGUCACCACAGCCUCAUUCUUCUGCCCAAACACCCAUCCCUAGGAUGGAGAACAGUCUUGACUCUGCAUUGGACACUAACUGGGCCCUAGAAGAAGCCUCUGGAGACGCCAGUGAGAUUUCUAUGCCCCAGGAGGCAGAACUCUUCCCCUCCAAGCCAACAGGGGGCAGCAUCCAGACAGAAACUGCUAGACCCCACGCCCUCCUCCCAGCUUCUGCUGCACUCCCUGCAUCAGCAGAGGACCAACAGCCGGCCGGUGUAACAGGCGCCCCAUUACCAGAGAUGGACCCCAGGAAACUCAAUGGCCAGUCCCAGAAUCACACACCUGGGAGGACAGACCCUUCACCUACUCUGUCUGGAGACCACCAGGAACCAAACUCUCCCCACCCUGAGUCAAUGGGUCCCCAAGGCCUCAGCAAUCAUGCCACCCUGUCUGCUCAGCCACUGCUUCCCAGAAGCCACUCGUGGGGCAUUGUGCUGCCUCUCAGGGAGGUGGAGGGCAAAAGGAGCACCAGGGAUCGGAGGAGCCCCACAGAGCUGGAAGGAGGACCAACAAGUGAGGGGGCGGCCAGGCCUCUGGUCCGUUUUAACUCAAUUCCUUUGACUGACACAGGCCAUGAGUGGCAGCACUCAGGAUCCUUGGACCCCCAACUCCCUGGGUUUGUCUUCCGCCUGCUGGUGCCCAGCAUCAUCCUGGUCUUGCUGGCCGUCGGUGGCCUUCUGUUCUACAGGAGGAGGCGGAGGAGCCAUCGAGUACCUCAGACAUUGGAUUCUCCCAUGAGGCGGCCAGAGGGCGGCCCACUGACCCAGGAUGAAGACAGACAAGUGGAACUCACCGUGUAGAGAGAACUCUAAGCUGGGCGCACAGGACUAUCUCUCCAGGGAAGGAGAUGUUUUCGGACCGUCCACUGCCACCCUUCUCAGCCGUCUUCCUGGGAGUGUGGCCUGCUACUACCAGAGACGUGGCCUGCCAGGAAUGGAGCAGAGCAGUCCUGCUGGGCUCCUUCCACCUUGACCCUUAGACUCUCCAAUGAGUGAGGGCCCGAAUGCCCUCUAUGCUGCCACUAUUUAUUGUGGGCCCUGGAGGCUCCCUACGCUCAAGGAAGGCUGUCCAGCACAGCUCAGGACCCUCUCCCUCAGGGCUUGGACCCUUCUCUUAUUUCCCUCCAAACCAGCACCCAGGCCAAGAACCCAUCAGCCUGUGUGGCCUAUGGGACACCAGAGCGGGGCACUAAGGAGCAGAGGAGCCCUGUGCUUACAGGACCCAUCUGGCGCCAAGGAAUACCUACAUGGACAGGCAGGGGCCUGUCUCAAGAGAGGAGAGCCUGAGAUUCGCAGGGUGGGACACUGUCAGCCUGAUUUCUUGCAAAGGCAAAGUCAUGCAGCCCAAAAGACGGGAAGCGGAGGCCUCGGGCUGUUUGUGCUGACGGCUUGAAGCAGUCUACACCCUUGACUCGCCUAAAUGCCCUCUGCUGGUAGCCAGACAGCAAGGGGAGUUCAACUCUGCCCUCAGGACCUAUCCAACCUGGCUCAUGUUGCCAAGAGGAGGACUAAGCUCUGGCCUGGGCUCCUCCUCCCCUCCAGCCCUGCCAGAGCUCCUCCGGGACGCCCGGCAGAGGAACCCCUCAUGAAGGAAGCCAUUGCACUGUGAAUACUGAACCUGCCUGCUGAACAGCCCACCCCAUCCACGUCCAUGAGCAGCCAUCCAUCCAUCUGAAUGUCUUCCCGCCCCUCCAGCCUCUCCCCAGCUUCCUGUACUGAGCUGGCCUCAUCUGUCGACUGAGGGAGCCCCUAAGCCCUGACCUUCCCCUGCCAGGUCUUUGACUCCCCAGGGUGGAGCUGGGGGAGAACUGCCUGGGCCAUUAGCCAGAGCUGGUCUUUAGGCUGUGGUGUUCACCCAGGUUUCUGCAUCUUGCACUUUGACAUUCCCAGGAGGGAAGCAACUAGUUGGAGGGAGAAAAAGGGAAAAGGCAGAGGCAGGGAGGCCACAGGGAGAACCCUGACUGGAAAUGGAUGUUAGAAAUAUGGGUGUUCCCCCAAGUUGAGGUUGAUGGGUGUACCCCAAGUUUGAGGUUGAUGUCUGUAAACCAACACCUCAGCCCACUCUCCUUUCCCUGCUGCCUGCAGCCUGGGGCUGAGCUUUGUGGACUGGGGUUCUACCCUUGUCUGCCCUUCUUCACACCCAACCCCAAUAAAGCAGAUACCCUCCCAUUUCUCACCCAUCCCACCCUGCCAUCUCUGGCCCCAGCAAGCCAGGGCUGGAGAGAAACCAGGAGAUCAGUCAUCUGCUUCCAACUGUGCUUUAAGAGCCUCUGUUUUCUGGGUCAGCCCCCGGCUGUGGCUCUGAGACCUCGGAAUGGGCAACAGGAUGUCACUUGUAUCUCGGUCUCUUUAUGCUGCUGUGACCCUCCUUGCCACUGAAAGAUCAGCCAUCCCUGACUGCUGGGUACAUAAACCUCCCUUCUUGGCCAGAGACAGUGAGGGUCUGCGGGCCCUGUCAACCCUGUCCUGAGACUGACAGCUUAGGGGAAGGGCAGUGGAGACGUUUUUUGUGGGGCUCAUCAUUCUAGUCACAGACUGUGUUCCACGUUAGCAAACACAUAUUUAAAAAUAGAAGGAAAAACACAGAGGGAAAAAAAAAAAAGGCAUUCUUUCCCCACCCCUCCACCAGAAACAUAUAGUAUUAAAGUCAGAAAAGAAAAUCCGACCCAUUGCAGAAGCUCUUUGUGGGUGCCUGGUGGCAUCAGAGGAGGUGGGACUGCAGACCCACCGCCCGGUGCCCCCCUGCACAGAGUCCCUCUUGGCUCUGAGAAAACCCAGAGGGAACAUUGACUCACCAACUGUGAGACUGCGUUUUUAUACUUGGAAGUGGUGAAUUAUUUUAUAUAAGGUCAUUUAAAUGUCUAUUUAAAAAUAGGAAGCUGCUUAUAUAUUUAAUAAUAAAAGAAGUGCACAAGC